GUGAGGGGGACAGCACAGUCAGUCAGACAGACAGACACAGAGUCCGCCUUGAAGCUGAGUGCAGAGUGGGCUGUGGGUGGUGGUGUUUAAAGGGGGGGGGGAUUUACAGACACCUCCAGCUUUCCCUCCCCCCGAAAGCCACCCCCAGCGCGGAUGAUGAGUGACAAAGAAGCGGCUGCUCCGCGCUCCAGGAAACACCGGCUGAUGGCAGCUUUCGAGUCCGGGGAGGAGAGCCCCGGCGCCGGCUCGGCGAACGGCACCGCCCGCUUGCACUGCUUCAUCUGCGGCGGCUGCAUGAGCCCCGGCCGAGAGCAGCGGCUCCAAGUGCGGGCAGGGGGCUGCCGAGGCUCGCCUUAUUUCCCGUUCCUGCUGCAGCAGGAGCCAGCUCCCGGAGCCCGGGGGGUGAGCGCUGAGGGCUGGGUACAGGUCUGCUCCGUCUGCCGCUGCUUCCUGGGCGAGCAGUGGGAAUCCUUCGAGAGGUCCCGCACCCCGGUCGACAAGCGCAUGUAUUGGCUCAAGAGACCGCACCAGUGCGACAGCCGCACUGUGCCCCAGGAGUGGAACCCCAGCUACGAGCCCGAAGCCUGCAGCGUGGGGCACGGCAGCAAGGAGGCGCUCGACUCCUCUGUCUCCUCCCUGUCUGACCAGGACCUGAGUGACCAGGAGCUGGAGACCCCUGCUCCCCCUCACCGCCAGGGCUCUUCCCUCGCCCCUUCCCCCCGGACCGGUCAACGCCCCUCGCCGACCGCCGAACCCCGCUCUCCCCCGGGCGAGACCCGGGCACCCCCGGGCGCGGGAGACUCCUCCGGGGACGAGUCCCCGCCGCCCGGACCCCGGGAGCGAGGGGGCGGGGCGGUCGGCAAGGGCGGGGGCUCGGCGGGGGGGCCCCCGCGCGGCGGCCCGGCCUGCUUCGUGUGCGGUGCCGGCCUGCCCCCGGACGCCGGGCACCGGGUCCACGUCCACAAGCAGGAGGGCGGCCCGUGCCGGAGGCCCUUCUUCCCCUUCCUGUGGCUCCACCGCCCCCCGCCAGGGGCUUGCCCCCUGAGCCCCGGGGGCAGCACCCUGGUGUGCACCUUCUGCCACGCGUCGCUCAUGCAGCAGUGGAGGGGCUUCGAGAUGGCCAACGUGCCCGUGCUGCAGAGGCUGUACAUGGUGCCCUUGAACACCGGAGUCUUGGGUACGGCACUGAGGAGCCCCCCGGGCGAGAGGGAGCCCGGUGGCGGUAGGGAGACCCCAGGCCGGGAGUGCUACCUGUGCGGCCAGGAUUGUAGCAGAGACGCCAAGGCUGUGUGUUCGAGGAGCAUCGACGACGGUGGUGGCGGCAGUGCCCGGGAUGGCCCCAUGUACUUUCCGUUCAUUCGCCUCCUGCCCUGUCCCCCGAACUGCCCGCAGAUGAGUGAGUGCGGGGAGGUCCAAUGCUGCGACGACUGCUAUGCUGUGUUGAAGGACACAUGGGGGGCCUACACCUCCACGGGGCGGGAGGAGCUGAUCUCGUCUGCCCAGGCCUUCCUCACGCGGUACCUGCGGAUGAGCGGCGCCGCUUGUGGCCCUCGCCUGAACCCGGCGACCGGGCAGGCAUUAAGGGCGGCCCGGGUCACAGUCUGCCUGUUGUGUGGCGCGGAGUUGGAGCAGGGUCGCGAGUUCCAGUUGAAUGUUGACCCCCCUGGCCGCCACAGCCAACGUGAGCCCUUCUUUCCGUUCCUGGCGAGCCGCCCGCGCACAGCCACCAUCCGGCCUGUAGAUUCGACCAGCCCAGCGUCAGCCUGCAUCCUGUGUUACCACGACCUCCUGGAGCAGUGGUGGAGGGGGAAGAACACUCAGCAUCCCAGCAGCCCCUGGUCCCGACAGUACAAAGUGGACACCUUUGUCUGCUUCUUCUGCAGGCAGGAGAGAAAGCGUCACCUUGGCCUGAAAGCCAUCACGGUAAACCGACUUCCUGUCUUCCUACAUACCCCUCGAGUGGCCGAGACUCUCGUGGUGGACGAUGGUGAGCAGCUGACAGUUGGGGCGUGUGAGGAUUGCAGGGCUAUGGUACUGGCUGGAAGCACCUUCAAACAAGGAACCUGCACGGAUUCGUUAUCACCGUCCAGUCACGUGAAGGACUCGUCUUUGCAGCCUCACCUUUCCAGUCUGAACAAGAAGCAGAGCACGUGGAGCUCUCCUCUGGGCAGAGGGGAGCCUUCAGAGGGGAUUAAGCAAGUCAGCCCAGGCGCCAUCUCAACACACUCGCCUCGGCCAACAGUGGAUGUGGGGAGUUGGGACCACAAAACCACAAGCAUGAGCCAUGAGCCAAAGUCACCUUCACUGGGAAUGAUCUCGACCGCGACUCGGACAACAGCCACCGUAAGCCCCCUCAACCCAUCCUCUCUCAAUGGCUCCAUAGUGCCCAAUGGCAGCCCGGCAGCUAACAGCACCUUGUCGGUACCGUCAGCACACUCUGCCAGCUUUGCAGCCGCACUCCGCAAACUCGCCAAACAAGCCGAAGAGCCCAGAGGUUCUUCAAUAAGCAGUGAGUCCUCACCGGUUUCUUCCCCAGCAACCAAUCACAGCUCUCCUGCCAGUACACCCAAAAGAGGCCCGAUUGGACCCAUCCUUGUCCCGACAGCUGGUCACAGCGUUCCCAGUACCCCCCCUGUGGUGACCAUCGCGCCAACCAAAACUGUUAAUGGGCUUUGGCGGAGUGAAAGCAGGCAGCCAGAAGCAGUGUCCAGGGGCCCCAGCAGAGAACGAAUGCACACAGAGUCACAGCACCAGUCGGAGAAGGGAGCUUCAUCUAUCACGUCUCAUCUCCUGGGCACCCCUUAUGCAUUUGGCCUCACUCAUAGCACAAUGGUUCAGGACUCCCGAUUCCCUCCUCUCAAUCUGCAGCGACCCAUUCCUCACGUGGUCACACCAGGGGGUGUGCAAGAAGAAUAUCUCCGCAGCUUCAGGCCGUAUCACACUGGCGAGGAGCUCCGCAUGCCUUCGCUGCCACCAAUGGGCCUUGAGGCAGCUACCGCUUACUACCACCCCAGCUAUCUCGCACAUCACCCAUUCCCUCACCCAGCCUUUCGAGUGGAUGAUUCAUACUGUCUUUCAGCCCUGAGGUCACCUUUCUACCCGAUUGCAAGCCCUGCCUCCCUGCCUCCCCUUCACCCUUCUGCCAUGCACCUGCACCUACCUGGGAUGAGGUUCCCAGCAGAACUGUCUCAUUCUUCACUGACUGCCCUACAGUCAGAGCGUUUGUCAGAGAGGCUCCAAAUGGACGAAGAGCUCCGCCGAGAAAGAGAACGGGAGCGAGAGCGGGAAAAAGAGCGGGAGCGGGAAGCAGAGCGCGAGAAGGAGAGGGAACGUGAGCAGGAAAGGGAGAAGGAGCUGGAAAGAGAGAAAGAGAAGGAACGAGAGAGGGAGCGUGAGCGGGAGAUGGAACGAGAUCGGGAAAGGAACAGGGAAAAAGAAAUGAAUGCAGCAAAAGCAAUGGAAAACCAUUACUUACACAUGCCAGAACUGCCCAGUCUACGAGGCCAACAGAUAGACGAUAGAGUGAAGGCUGCAGAGAGAUUAACACCAAACCGACCAGAUAAGCCCAAGGAUUUUGCACUGACGUGCCCCAAAGCAGUCCAUCCAAACCUGCACCAGUCUUCCAUCUCGCACCAUUCUGUCCCCACCCUCAUCUCCAACCAUAACAGUUUUGUCCCCCCCGGAAGUAGCUCAGCCAUGCUGCUGCAGAGGAACAAUGAGGAAGAGAAGUGGAUGGCCAAACAGCGGCAACUACGGCAAGAGAAGGAGGACCGGCAGUACCAAGUGUCCGAGUUUCGGCAGCAGGUACUUGAGCAGCACUUGGACAUUGGCCGACCAGGCUCACAGAGUGAGGUGGAGCACAGGGACUCUGUCAGGUGA